AUGAAGCACUAUGGAAUUGAUGCUCUCUUGGUGGACAUGAAGGGCAAGACACUCACAAUCAUUGGAACAGUGGAUCCUGUGAGUGUUGUGAGCAAGUUGCGCAAAUAUUGGCCUUCAACAGCCAUCAUCUUAGUAGGACCUGCAAAAGAGCCCGAGAAGAAAGAGGAGCCGAAGAAAGAGGAGCCAAAGAAAGAGGAGCCAAAGAAAGAGGAACCACCCAAGGAGGAACCUAAGAAAGAAGAACCCAAAAAGGAAGAACCCAAGAAGGAAGAGCCGAAGAAGGAAGAAGAGAAGAAGACUGAGCCAGAACCAGUGGUCGGGAUCAUGCCCUACAGGCCGUAUUAUCCUCCACUGAACGCACUGCCUUACCGACCAUAUUAUCCUCCAACGACCGCAAUGCCAAACCGGCCAUAUAAUCCACCAAUGAACACAUAUUACUAUGGUCAUGAAAGCAUGGAAGAGAAUCCAAAUGCCUGCAUUAUCUUUUAAGUUGGUAAGAAAUUGUAUAGAGCUUUUCCUUUUUCUUUAAGUUGGUGCCUUGUUUGUAGUUUCGUUGAUGCAAAUAUGAGGUGAUAACCAAGAAUGGAGAAGCUCUUGUGUACAUAUUGUUAUGCUUCUUUGAGAAACAGAGAGGA